CAACGCACUAAUAAUUUCUUGUUUCUGUUAUCAGCUGUUUUCGCUGCCAUAACGCUUUUCUAUUUUCCACGUCUAUUUCUCGUGUAAUAAUCGUAUAAAUCAGGUCAUUUUUCUCUUAGUUAUGAUUCUAGUAAUUCUUUUAAAACCGUCCGUGAUAUAAGUCGAGUUAACCGGUUUUCCAAAAUGAUCUGGAUAUCGCCCACUAAUAUUACCAAAUACAAGUUGUUGGCUUGGUACACGAUACUAUGUUCCAUGGUGUUCGAGCAAACGAUAUCGACGAGGUCCAAGAGAUCGGAGAUCGACCUGCAAACUUGCAUAGACAAUUUCAAUGUGCACAGGGACAAGAUCAUCAGAACGCAAGAUUCGCAGAACAUGGGUGCCAAGUAUCUCAAUGAGAUCGAUUUGGGGUCUAGGGAAGAAUGCUUGAGAUUAUGUUGCGAGACUGAGGAUUGCGACGUAUUUGUUUUUGAAGAGAAGAAUUCUGGUAGUUGUUAUUUGUUCCACUGCGGACCUCCAGAAGAUUUCAAAUGUAAAUUUACCCAUCAUGUCAACUACUCUAGCGCCGUUCUCUCAAUCAAUAGACACUUACCGGAUUUGGAAAGUCAAAUAAAACUUACUAAACAUGUCCAAGAACUGACAAAGUUAAGGAAACCGGAAUCCGACACACCAGAGUUAUCUCAAGGAAAUUCAAAAUUGUCGAAACCUCCCACAACUUUAGCACCUGUCAUUACCAAGGAAGUUUUGCCCAUGGAAAAACAAACCUCGUCCCGAAAAUGUAGCCGUUUUCAGUUCGAAUGCAGAUCGACAGGCGAAUGCAUCGCCAUAUAUAAUGCUUGUGAUGGAAUACCACAAUGUGCCGAUGGCAGUGAUGAAGCUCAUGAAUUAGGUUGUCCUGCAGUUGAAGCUGUAGCUAGUGCUGCAGCUCAAACUUCUCCACCAGUAACAACCAAAAAAGCACCAGCCAGUGUGCAACCUCCACAACCAAAUAUACCACUAUACGGAAGAGAAGGUGAACUGGUCCAACAGCCUGUAAAACCACACACGGCGAACUACCAGCCUUUGUACCCCCCGCAGCAACAGCAACAGGUACCCCUGCAACAGGAUGCUGAUUUCCUUAGGCCGGUACCGGAUGUUAGAAAUUCGGGAAGGGCCCAGUAUGUACCAGCGCAGAACUAUCUGGAUAUGGCGAAUCCCUGGAACGUAGUGAGGCAGCCUCAAGUCGGGGUUAUGCCACAGGGUGUCUCUCAAUAUCAAGAUAAUAGUGCUCAGAUUUAUGGAAAUAAAGAUGCCGUCUCACAUAUGGAAGGACAAAGCCAAAUGAAAUAUCAAGUUCCGGGUUAUUAUGGUGAAAAUUACAGACAACCCAUACAGCAAGAAAAUUGGCCCAUAGAAGAUCCUAGAUACCCACCACGGCAACUCUAUCAUGAUAUAGAGAAUCCAGCUGCGCCUGGAGUUCCUGAUAAAACGGAAGGCUCGAGUCAUGUAACCGAAUCAAUCCAAACCAAAAAUACACUACCCAAGCCGAUAGAUCCUGAUGUGAAUUCCAAACAUGUACAAGAAAAACUAGCACACGAUUUGAAACAUUCGAAGGAGAAUAUGGAACAUGGAAAAAUUAAAACUAAAAGCGACGACUCCCGACAAGACCGAUAUCCAGACGUGGUCGCUUACAAAAUGAACGACACCCAAGAUGGACCUUCGCGUAUUCCAAGAGGAGCCAUACUUUCUUUAACUCUAGGUUUGAUAAUAACAGCUGUAAUGGCCAUUCUGAUAGGUUGUCGUUUAAGAGUUGUCAGACGGAGGCUGAGAAAAGGUGGGAAAGGAUACGCUCAUGAUGCCGAUUAUCUGGUCAACGGGAUGUAUUUGUAAAAAAAAAUAUCAAAAUAUAUGCAUUACAUAUGAAAACAUCAUCGAAAUAUGAAAAAAAAACAGCCAAUCUUUUGAUUGACGAAUUAAAAUAAAAGACAUAGGUAAAGAUAUCAUUUUUUAUGAAAGAAUUUUGAUAGAAACUAGAAUUUAAUUCAAUUUUAAAUUAAAUUAAUGAUGCAGAAUGCUUAAAUAGCUCAAUCAACAAUAUUAAUUAUUGCAUAUUCUGGAAAUAUAGCUACUGAAAAAAAACACAAGAAUUUUUGAGUAAAGAGCUAACAAAGAUAAUCAAAAUGAACUGACUUUUUUUACAUUGGACGAUACAUACAGUUUAUACAUUAUACUAAGGACUGGCAAAGGUUAGUCUUGGGAUGGUCUUGGGUCGAGAUUUCCGUAUGUAAGAAGAGUACAAUGCGUUUAUAAUGUACUGAACAAAGAGAGAACAGUAAACACGUUGCCAAACGUAUGAAAUAAACCGAGAAAACGUGGGUAAAAAGAUCUGGAAGGGGAUAAGCAGAUUUGUCGCAGUCGACCGGUUGACCCAAUCAAUACCUAUGUCAGAACUUAAAGUUCUAGGGAAAGGUGUAUAUCAUGCGUUCAGCUUCACAAUUUAAUUACGUCU